AUUCCUGCUCAGCUCAGACAGCUGCUCCAGCGAGCUCGUCAGUUGCUCAACUGUUUGUUCACGUUAAACUCUGUCACUGUGGUACAAACUGCAGAUGAAGUUUAACCAGAGUUAAAGGGUUGUUUUUUUUUAUUAUUUGCUUAAUAAGAAAUAGUUCAAACAGUUGCUCAGCUGAUCUAUAAUGUGAAUGAAAUUGUCAGUCAUUCUCUGGAGGGUUGUAUACUUUUCCUGGAUAACACUUUUGCUGUAUUGUGUUACGUAUCUUCCUUGUGUUUGUCAUGAUGCUGUUGCUACAUGCUGUCAAACAGGAAAUUCAGAUAAACCACAGAUCUUGAUGUGUCACUGCCAGAACAGGUUUAUGGAGAGAUAAGAAUCUUGUAAUGUUGUUUAGGAAGGCGAAGCCCAGUGCCAUGCAUGGUAUCUGCUGAUUUAAAACAGGAACUUGUUAGAGAAAAGUAAGUUAAUGCACCAUAAACCGGUAACAUCGAGUCAUCUUCAGUGUAAUGGUGUGGUUUACGCACUGAAAUGCUUUUAACGGUUUUUGAACAACAAUGGAGCUCUGGGGUACAGAGGAAUCAGGCUUUGGACACACAAUAUUUGUUAGUGGGAUACAUAGAUUUUUGUCUUUUCACAGGAACUUUUAACAAUAAGAUGAAUAUAGAGAGUGAACAGCCUCAUCUUCUAAAGGCCAUGAUUAGCAUUCUUAACUUAUAGUUCUGUUUAAUUUAGUUUAUUUAGAUCUGUGACCUUAUUUGUCUACCUAAACAUUCAAGUUGCUCUGUACAAUACUGUUGAAAGUUAAAACCUGUAACUAACAUACACACUGUGGUAUCUGACCAAGUUUUUUUUCUUCCAUCUGUUCAGACAUUACAGAAUUGUGCGUCCAUAAUUAGACACAUCCUGUGUCAGCAUACCAAGUGACACAGUAAACCUCACCAUAUCAGCAUCUGCCCACGUUGGGAGAUAUUAUGUGUACAUUUUCUGCUUAUUCCUACUCUGAGAAGGUCGAAAUGGAACGGAGGCUUCCUGAUCAACUUUGGCUCAUGUUUCUUAUGACUUUAAAUUUAUUGACGUUGUCACAUUCCCACAAGUCAUGAAUUAAAUUGGUGAAUAAAAUGUUUCUGGUACAAAUGGGACUUGAUGAAAAAAUAACACAAAUGAAACCCAUAUUGUAAUCAUUUGUAAUUACUCUUUAAGCUGGACAUAAUUUCAUAAUUCAUGGAAUUUCAAUCAGAAAGAUUCACUAUGAAAUGAACCUGAUCUAACUUACUUGCAUCUCUAAUGAUUGUCACAUAAGAGAACAUAACACAUCUUUCAGUUUAUAUAUUCAGGAAGUCUUCUUUAAAGAGGUUACCGUAUUACCUAAAUGUUUUUAAUCAUUCGUGACCAUUUAGAGUAUCCAAUAUGUUAUAUGGACAAGAGUUGCUUGCACCAUCUUUGCAUAUACAGACACACACCUUGUACACUUAUGUGCUUGCAGCUUUUGAUAUAGAGUAGUAAGUUUGACUUUGACACCACCUUUUGGCCAAUUUUUAUGCUAACCUUACCAUGACUGCUAUGCAUCAGAAAUUAACCAGCAAGCUUAACUUUUACCUAUCUAACAAUGUAUUUCUCCUUUAUAAUGAGCAUUACAACUUCAUGGAGUCAGCAGAGUGGCAGCAGACUCUUGUCUUCUUUUGCAGUUUGCUUAUGUAGAUCUGAGAUGUAAUUUAGACCCAAACAACUUAAAAACAGCUCCUUAAAAAAGCUCCUGACCAAUUCAUAGUGCUUUUCAGAUGAUAGAGUAAUAAGCAAUAGCUGUGCACAAGAAAGUAAAUGGACAAACCUUGCAUGCACAUGUGGACAAUUGCAUGACAAUUUAUCUGUAAUCUAAAAUCUAUGCAGUUUCACACAGGAAAUUCUCUUUUUACACAUAGUACGUCAUGGUUAUUUUUCACUGCCCAGAAGCCAGAUCAACUACAGAGGAUCUAAUUUCAACAAACUCCUUUUCAGAAAACAGACAUGAGUCAAACGUCCUGUGCUAAUUUCAGUCUACCAAUAGACUAUGAACACAGAUUCCUGCCUUCUGUUUACAUCGUAGUGUUCAUUGUUGGUCUGGUCGCUAAUGGAUGGGGAUUGAAGUCAUUGCUGCAGAACUGGAAGAAACUAAAGAUCAUCAGUGUGUUUGUUCUCAACCUUGGAGUUGCAGACAUUUUGUAUCUGCCCGUACUCCCAUUUUUGGUGGUGUACUACUUCAUGGAGAGUAAAUGGAUCUUUGGAGAUACAUUCUGCAAGAUAACAAGAUUCUGCUUCAAUCUGAAUUUAUAUGGCAGCAUUGGAUUCCUUACUUGUAUAAGUGUAUACAGGUACCUGGCUAUUGUUCAUCCAAUAAGAGUGAUGGGAAGAAUAACUGCCACUCAUUCCGUGGCUGUCUCAGUCAUGGUUUGGUUCUUGGUGGGUGUACAAAGUCUUCCAGACAUGUUCUUCCUCAAAACCAAAACGAGAAAAUGCUAUCAUACCACUUUUACAGCCUAUGUUGAGGAUUAUCUGAAAUACAGCCUUGGAUGGACAUUCACUGGGUUUUGUAUCCCAUCUCUCAUCACACUGGCCUGCUAUGGACACAUAGCUGUAGUUUUAUGGACAAUGAAGAGAACUGACAAGCUACAGAAAAAGAGGAGUUUGAAGUUGUUGUUUAUUUUGAUCCUUCUCUUCUCUGUUUGUUACAUCCCCCAUCAUGUUCUCAAGAAUCUUAACCUCUGGUCAAGAGUUCUGUCCAAACGUAAGAUAUGCCAUGAAUGGCGUGACAGAGUCUACAUCGCUCAUCAGAUAAGUCGUGGCCUUGUGUGUCUGAACAGUGCUCUCAACCCUCUGGUUUACCUGCAUGGAAAUGAAGAAAUUCCUGCUCAGCUCAGACAGCUGCUCCAGCGAGCUCGUCAGAUAAUCAACCAUAUGUUUCUGUCAGACUCUGGCUCUGUGACUGUGGAACGAACUACAGAUGAGGUUUCACACAUGUAAACAUGUUAGUAUAUCUAAAAAAUCUAAACAUCUGUGCUGUUUGCCCAUGAACAUUGUAGAAGUUAAAUAACAACAUUUAAGGAUAAGGAUUUGUUCUUAAGAUUGUCCGGCAUCUUUAUCUAUAGUCUACUGUUAAUGUUGUAUACUGCCUCAAAAAUUAACUUGUUUUGUUCUUUGUAUUUGUUGUUGUAUUUGAUCUUUUAUUUGCUGUUACUGUGCAGAAAAAGUAAAAAUAAACUGAAUAACUCAU